AUGACUUCCCGGGCAAGCACUUCGUCAGCUCGACCUUUGACUCUGACGGAAGAAUUAGAGAAACUCGAGCAGUCCAUCACCCUUACCCUUCAAGAGAUCGACCACAACUUCAGCCGCGCCCAUCGAAUUGUCACCUCCAGCAUCUUGCCCAUUGUAGAGCAAUAUGCGGAGCAUUCUAAUGCCGUGUGGGAGGGAUCAAAGUUCUGGAAACAAUUCUUUGAAGCCAGUGCCAAUGUCUCUCUAUCGGGCGUGGAGGAGCGAGAGGAAGAGGAAGAUGACCUUUCAUACACCCAGUCGCACGAGAAUGCCAGCACAUACGCAACGUCAACCUCACAAGCAGGUGAUGAGACUUUAAACGCCGAGAGCGAGCACCAUAGUCGCUUCAAUGAAACAGACGACUCUCUUCUGGACAGUGGCGAUAUCAGUGGGAGCACACCUCGAGCUCCUCGCCCCAAGAGCUCAUCCUCCGAUGCGCCCAGAUUUGCUGAAUAUCCGUCGCCGUACGAAGAUUUGAAAGAGGAACUGAAGGGUGACGGGAAGAAGCCAGAGCACGAUGAGGAAGAGGAUGCGCCCACAACGCCUGGACCUAAAUCCAGGAUUCCAGAUAUGUCCAUGACUCCAACGUCAUCUCCUUUUGACCCGACUUCGCACCUUCAAUCUACGACCCAGAAACGAGCCGGCGGAGAUCCUCUUUUACACAGAGUGCUGGACAAAAACUACAGACUGCAAGCUACGCCUCAUUUGACCCGAAAGGAUGUUUUGUUCAACAAAACCCCUGCAAACAAGCCUUCAUGGAGAGACACCACAUCUCCACUAUCGUCACCACCUGCCGCAGCUCCGCAGCUACGUUCAGAGAUUUUCAGCUCGCCAAUUCGACAGCAGUAUAGUAAGCCAAGCGCACCUCGGACACCCGGCGUUAGUGUUCAGACGCCAGCUAAGGGGAAAGCGAAGGAUGCCUUUGCUAAAUCUUCAAAGAAGGAUGAGAUUAGUUGGGAAACUCAAGAAGCUAGCAAGAGGAUUGUUGAAGACUUGCUCCAGACAGCUGGUGCACGUUUUGACAGUGACGGACUAGAUGAUAGUCCGAGCAUGGUAGCCAUGCGAGAUGAUUUAGAUGAUAGCUUCUAG